CCACUUCCUACUCCCACUCACACACUCUUCCUUUCCACUUCUUGUCUCCUCUCUUGCUCGUCUCUCGUUACAUCUCGACGAAGUCUGCACGCAGCACACACGCACCACACCCUUAUCAGUGACGACGACCUCGACCCACAACACAAAAAGCAUCAAUCGACACGGCUCGGCACCAUCGCAUAACCCACACCCUCCCCCUCAGCCCCGUCCACCACACAACCCAACAACUCCCUUUCCACUUUCACUCACCUACCCACCUUUCCUCCCUCCCCCCUCACCAUGUCCAACUCGCCCCAAGGGCGUGUCCGUCGUCGACGGCGAGCACCCGCCCCGGCCCCAUCAGACCACGAGGCAAGGAUGAUGUUUGAGCGACCCCACCUCGAGGCUCGUCAGAGCGACACCUCGCCGAGUGCUGCUCCCUCAACCACUACUACCGAACCUCCUCCGCCGACGACUACCACUCCUGCACCUCCAACGACAACGACCGAACAACCACCAACGACCACAACGACAGAGGCACCGCCCCCCACGACAACCACGACCGAGGCUCCGCCGCCAACGACCACCACGACCCCUCCGCCUCAGCCCACGACCACUACCACCCCUCCUCCUCAGCCAACGACGACGACUACGCCGCCGCCCGUUCAACCUACUACCACCCCACCCCCGGUUCAACCGACGACCACCCCUCCUCCCGUGCAGCCGACCACUACACUGGUCCAGCCCACAACUACACCUCCCCCAGUGGUCCAGCCUACCACCACGCCGGUUCAGCCUACAACUACACCAGCACCAGUUAACCCUGGCGGCGUCACCACUUCGACCACCAUUGUGACUCCCCCGACCACGACUACUGGAGCACCGGCUACUGGCGUCCCCGUCGGGCCCACCACUUCGACGACCUUUGUCACUCCCGGGCUCGUCACGACGCCCACAACAUUGCCCGACUCGACUGCGUCGACGCUGAUCAAGCUCACCACGACCGACUCGAAGGGAAACCUCGUGACGACUGCGCCUUCGGCAUUUACCACGGCCAUUCCUACCACGUCGAAUGGUGUCGUCUACACUGUUACCCAGGUUGUGCACAACCCGUCGGGUUCGCUCGACCAGGGUUCGUCUGGCGGCUCGUCGUCGUCCUUCUUCAACAACCACGGUGCUGUUGCCGGUGUGUUCGUUGUCGUUGGUCUCGCCGUUGUGGCAAUUCUCGGCGCCCUUGGCCUGCUCUUCUACCGCCGCCGCAGACGCCAGCGUAUCGACCGUGAGGUGACUGCUGCUGCUGCCGCUGCCUCGGCUGCCGCUUCGCGCUCGCCGCUCGACGAGGUCGACGAUGUGCACUCGAGCCACCCGACGUCCGAGUCGUACCCCUCGACCAUGUCGCAGCCCAUGACCCAGUACAACCAGUACGCCGCGACGUACGGCAACGCUGGCGGCUACGACCCCUUCGCCCUCGAGGGUGCUACCACUGGCGCUGCUGCAUACGGCGGCUACCAGGCUGGCGAGCACAUGGGCCAGCAGCAGCACUACGGUAGUGCCGAGGAUCACCAGGGUUACUACUAUGACCACGACUCUGGAGGACACCACUACGACCCCCUCGAUGCCCACUACAAUGACAACGUCUCGCCGCCUACUGGCCAGCCACUGUACGGGCGUUAUGAGGACGACCCGUACGGCCACGGCGCGUACUCUGGCGGCGAGGGCAGCAUUGACACGCCUCUGGAGAGGCCCGACCCGCUGCAUGUCACCAACCCGAGCCACGGUCCCAACUUUGGCCGCCCAUAGUAGCGAUCGGCCGGCCGGCUUGAGUCUCCCCCUCUGAACACUUUGUGUUAGGUAGCUAGCUCUCACACACGUGAGGCGGUGCGAGCCCAUAUGGCGCACCGGCCUCGUCCUUGUUGCACACAUAAUCGCGACGGGCAACUGCCCGCUCGUCGCAUUCAUAGACACACUCAUUCACCUCACUCGUUUGUAGCGCCAGACAUGCAGUGCGAGUACCUGUAGUG